AGCGCAUAAUUUUCGCAAUCUAACACAUUUCCCGCCUCUGACUUAAGCGUUACAUCAAGAACCGUUAGUUAAAUAGUGAAGCGAGUUUGUUUUAAAGGAUAUGCAGCAUUAUGGAGCGUAUAUGUCUGUGCUGAAGAAAGUGAGGACCGGUUACUGUGGAGUCGUGUCGAGGGUGUGUAAAUGAUGUGGACUGUUUGGCUCUUCGCUGAACUCUGCAUUAGGUCCUAUGGGAUCCACCUUGGUGUUUUUUGGAUAAACAUCUCAAUGCCCAGCACCCAGGUAAAAAGCUAACACACAACACUUAGUCAACUUGAACAUAACCCUACCGCUUGGUCAACAUUUUCUUCAAUGCCACCAUGCCAAUUAUCAGCAACGCGAACCAUGACUUCAGCAAGCUCUCGGUCAGUGACGACAGCAGCUUGGACCACAUCUUUACAGAGAUCCCGGAAACAGAAACUAUCAAAGGUGUGUACUAUCAACGCGCCCAGUUCAUUCGCCGACCAGAAGAUCUGCUUUCGAUGGACCAUGGCCUGCAGGCCCUUAUCAACGUGGGGGGAAACCGUUACACCUUCCCCUGGAGCACCCUGGAGCAGUUUCCUUUGACACGCUUAGGACGUCUGAGACCCUGCAGCAGCCCUGAGGAAAUCGCCCGAGUUUGUGACGAUUAUGACGAGGCACAUCGCGAGUUCUUCUUCGACCGUAGCCCCAGUGCAUUCCGCAUUAUUCUUAACUUCCUAGCGGCGGGAAAACUGCGUAUGUUACGGGAGAUGUGUGUGCUUUCGCUGCACGAUGAGCUGAACUAUUGGGGCGUGGAGAUGGCGUACAUGGAGCGUUGCUGCAAGCGCAAGAUGUACACGCGUAUCGAGGAAGUCGCGGAGCUGGAGCGGCGGGAGGAGGAGCGACGUCGGCACAGUAUGCAGCUGUGCCCUCCUGUCGAGGAGACACGUUGUUGCAAGUUCAUGAAUGGUUUGAGGGACAUGGUGGAGAACCCUCAGUCGGGCUUGCCAGGAAAGAUGUUCGCCUGCUUGUCUGUGUUGAUGGUGGUGGUGACAGUGGUCAGUUUGUGCAUCAGCACCAUGCCGGACCUUCGAGAGGAGGAGAAUAGGGGUGAGUGCUCCCAAAAGUGCCAUUACAUGUUCGUGGUUGAGACCGUAUGUGUGGCCUGGUUCUCCCUGGAGUUUCUGAUACGUUUCGUGCAGGCUCGCAGCAAGCUGGAGUUUAUCCGCGGACCUCUGAACAUCAUUGAUGCCAUGGCCAUCCUUCCCUACUACGUAUCCCUAGUUAUGGUCGAGGAGAACCCCAACAAUGAAUAUGAGCGACCCACAGGAGGUAAGGGCUAUUUGGACAAGCUGGGGUUGGUAUUGCGUAUCCUACGUGCCCUUCGGAUCCUGUAUGUGAUGCGGCUGGCCCGCCACUCUCUGGGAUUGCAGACGUUGGGGCUGACAGUUCGGCGGAGCACGAGAGAGUUCGGUCUGCUGCUUCUUUUCCUUUGUGUAGCUGUAACACUCUUCUCACCAUUGGUGCACCUGGCAGAGAGCGAGCUUACCGGGACGCAGGACUUCAGUAGCAUUCCCGCUUCCUACUGGUGGGCAAUAAUUUCCAUGACAACUGUGGGUUAUGGGGACAUGGUGCCAAGAAGCAUACCUGGUCAGGUCGUGGCACUCAGCAGCAUUCUGAGUGGGAUUCUUAUCAUGGCUUUCCCGGCAACUUCCAUCUUUCACAUGUUUUCUCGCUCCUACCAGGAGCUGAAACAGGAACACGAUAGGCUCUUAAAGGAGGAAUGCGCGGCAGCCACCGCAGCUGCUAUCACUGGGUCCGAGGAGGAGCAGGACAAAGGAUGGUUGGACUAUACACCUCCUAGACUAGUUCUUACCCCAGACACAGAGACGCCAGGCUCUAUCGAAGACCUCUCUCUACUGGGGAAUGUUGGAGAGACUUCCGGGAAUACCAAACACCCCUUACCAACUGGCGCCUUUUAACUUAUGCAGACAGUGUACUCAUCCCUUGACUGAACUGCAUCAAACCUGUUCUUCCUUGCCCUCAGACUGAACCCUA